CCUCAGAUAAGUUGAAUGAUACGACCUGACUCAUGGUCAUUUUGACUUGCGGUGCCCCACUACUGCGCGAUCAGAACGCUUCUUCGGCGAGGAAAACUGUAAACUGUUGUGUGUUUCGGUAAAGAACUGGUCAGUCUCGCGAAGGUUCAACGAAGCUGAAACCGUGAGAGCAUAGCUCCAAGGAUUAGCACGCUGAACAUCCGGUUAUCGCAGUGUUGGAUUCUGCUAAGGAUUUUGAACCAUUGAGAAGCGCUUCGGAGUGGUUCGUCAGAAGUUUGCCUUGAAAGAGUGCCUCGGAAAUAAAUAAUAAAUAAGUAAAUAAGAAUAUGUAAACUAUAUAGAAGAUACUAAAAAAGUAUAACUCAACGCGCUUAAAACAUAUUCUAGAUGUCAAUAGAAAAACUGCAAUAUAGUGAUUUAAUAAAAACACAAAAAAUAAUUAAUAUUGACAUUAAACAAAUAUAACAGAUCAGAGUAAAGCGAAGGUGGAGACCCAGUCGUUGUACACUUUGUUAACAGAUUCUCACAAGAUGGCUCAAAUGUAUGUCUUGAUCGCAUUACUGUCACAACUGCUUUUUACGCUAAUACAAGGACAGCAAUCUCCGUGUCCUCAAUAUUUCAGAUAUAUACUCAAACCGGGAACAGACGAAACGAUAGGACAGAUUGAAAUCCAAUCUCCGCCAAAAGUUAGCGAACUCCGUUUGAAAGUGGGUUUAAAACUUACUGCUGAGUUGCCUACAAAAAAUUAUGGUCAUCUAAAAUUAGCACAAUCGACCGAAGACUCUGCUCAAGCUGUUUUACAGGGCAGGAGUUUGUUAUAUCACAUUUAUUUCCCUUUACGUCAACCACUUCCAACAUUGAUCGCGAUAUGGUUCAAUGGUAAAAAAUAUUGUACGGGUCUCGAUGCAACAGAAGGUGUUAUGACUACUACUAUUACUACUAUCACAUUGGAACAUGCUCUGUAUCUGCCAAAUAUGCCUUCGCCAAAUUCGCCACCGAAUGAAUCGCAUCAGAACUCGACACCAAAACCGGAACAACAACAGAGUACUCCGAGGAAAGCCACCGUCCCUUCCUCUCAAAAUGAAUUACUAAAUAUGUUCCCGAAUCAAGUCGGACAAAUUUCGCAAUAUAAUAAUGACAAUGUAUUCCUGAAGAACCCGACCUCAGGUCAAGCAGCCUCACAAUAUGAUAUUAAUCAUAAUAAUAUGUUUCUAAAGCCAUUUAUUAUUAAAAUUCCACUAUAUAGUAACAAUAAUAACACAUUCUUGCGGCCAAAUCAAUCCUCUAGACCUCAGCCAAACCAGUCUCCAGCCAAACCAGUUCCGCAACAUAAUAAUAAUAAUAAUAAUAAUAAUAAUAAUAAUAAUAAUAAUAAUAAUAAUAAUAAUAAUAAGAAUAAUAAUAAGAAUAAUAAUAAUAUCAACAAUAAUAAUGAAUGUGGCAUCAGCAGCCGCUCUGGAAAUGCAAAUCUUUUGAUUUCUAAUGGGCAGGAAACAUUGCCUGGCGAAUGGCCGUGGUUAGUGGCAAUUUUCCUCGUUACACAUAAAUAUGAAUUUCAAUGCGCUGGAACCAUUCUGACAAAUAAACAUGUCCUAACAGCGGGGCAUUGUGUGAAGAACCAUGAAAGCAACGAAACUAUACCUCCUAAUGUAUUGGCUGUGGCAUUGGGGCGAUUUAAUUUAUUCGGAUUUCGCGAGGUAGGAACCGUGAAUCGGGAAGUUGCAAGUUACACGAUUCAUCCCGAUUAUACGCAUAGCAUCUCCAGCGAUUCCGAUCUGGCGAUUUUAAAUCUUAGAGAACCUGUGGAAUAUAACUAUUUCAUCAAACCUAUUUGUCUGUGGUCCGGUUCAUCUGAUCUUCACAACAUCAUCAGUAGAAGGGGAUACGUCGUGGGUUGGGGCAAAGACGAAUUCGGUCAUGAUCACACCGAUCAUCCACGGAUGGCGAUAAUGCCGAUAGUCAGUCUGGAGAUCUGUCACUGGAAUUCCCCAAGUUUCGUCACACUCACCUCGAAUCGUACCUUUUGCGCGGGUAUGCGAGAUGGGAGCGCUCCUUGCAAUGGUGACAGUGGAACCGCACUUGUACUUUUCGAUAAUACCACAGACCGUUAUAUAUUGCGUGGUGUUGUUUCACGAACAGUGUGGAGCCAUGAACCAACAUGUGAUCUCACGAAGUACACCGUCUUUGUCGACGUGGCUAAAUAUCUAGUUUGGAUUCAACAGCAGAUAUCCACAACGUAAUAAUAGUUUCUUAUUUCAAAAUGCAAAAUAUGCUAGACAACACUUUACGUAAAAUUUAUUUGCUACAACACAGGCCGGUUGUUUCACCUUUUGGUAAAUUUUACCUAUUAGAUAAAUCUGGCAAUCCACGCAUGUGAUUGGGUAAUCUUGCUACUUACCCAAUAGGUAAAAUUUAUCAAAAGGUGGCACAAUCGAUCCUUAAGGAAGCAUUGACAAAUGCAUACUACUUAAACUAUGUUUUUAUUAUAUUUUCUAUUACUGAUUUGUACACGAAU